AUGCCUGAGCCUAUCACUAGGGAGGAGCAGGAAUGCGAGAGCGAUAAACUUUACAAGUUGGCCAAGGCCCAGCAAAAGGAGAUACUCAAAGGAGCCCCAAUGCGAGAGAAAUACGCUGUCCGAGACAAGAAACAUUACGAGAUGCUCCUCCGAGUGGCCAACAGGCUCAGAGUACCCCCUGGCCGGUGGGGACGCAGUCAACAACAACAAGAGAAUAAUGACGAUCAGCGUCAUGCUUGA